AAAGCAGCGAAGACCUGGGAACGCAACCACUUGCUUACCAUGGCUCAUCUUUUGAAGAUCUUCCUUUGGCUCUUCGGACUCUUCACUGCCGCAUUGUCGCAGGUCAAGAUCGGCUGUCCACCUGGAUUCACACUUAUAGAGGAGAAAUGCUACUACGUAUCCCUAGAGAAGGAGAACUGGUUCAAUGCCCAUCGCCGGUGCUUCACGCUGAACUCCACUCUGGUCGUCUUCGAUGAUGAAAAGGACAUGAAGGUGGUGACAGCCAGCUUGAAGGUCCUGGGCUUGCCCUUCUCCAACGGCUGGACGGACUCCAUAUGGACGGGCAUCACAUCGCUGGGAACCAACGGGCACUUUGUCCUGAGCCACGAUGGCGGGCCCUUGGCCUAUGCCCAAUGGGCUCCAAAUCAGCCGAACAAUGCCACCGCCCACGAGUGUGUGGCCUAUGCGAACAACAAUGGAUUCGGAUACCACAAUACCCAAUGCGACUUCCACCAGUUCCCUUUUGUGUGUCAGGCGAAGAAGAUUGAGUCGGAAAGUUAUUUGUGCCUGAAGAAGAACCAGUUCGUGGAGAUUGAACUGUGAAUAGAAUCUUUUACACGAAGAGUCUCAUCAAUUAAUAAUACAGUAUAGCCGAUAAGAAACAAAAUGUCUCUGAUCUUUGGAUCUCCCUACAAGAUACUGUCCACGAUUAAGACAAUCUUUAUAUCAAACGAAACCCCAUACUAAAUUAGCCUCAUACACGAUGUUUGUCAAGCACAGAUAAAAGAUAAAAGAUACCACAGA